CUCCCCCCACAAUGAGAAGAAAACCCAACAACUCCUCACUCGACACCUGGGCACCCCCACCGUCAUGUCACUAUCUAUUAAACCAUCGUCUCAUCUCAUGAUUCUCAUCGGUAGCAGCAGCGUAGCACUAUUCCAUUCCCUUCAUGCUGGUUAGCUUCUCCCCCUUGUUCGAUGCCUCCGGAUCCCUAACGCUUGCUUCUCCCAUGCCACUCCACUCCCACCUCCUCCUUCUCCUGCUGGCUCUCUCCACGUCGGUGGUUGCUGGCUCUGUCUCCUCCUCCCCCUCGGUUUGUGCCGGCGGCGGUGGCGGUGGCGGCGACGCGGCCAUCGUCGCGGCGGCGUUCCGGGGCGUGCGCAACUUCCAGCUGCCUCCAUGCGGGGCUGUGCGGGAGCUGCGGCUCCCGUCGCGGAACCUCACGGGCGCCGUGGCGUGGGCGGCGCUCGCCAACCUGUCGGGCCUCGCCGUGCUCGACCUGUCCGGGAACGCGCUCCAGGGCGCCAUCCCCGGGGGGUUCUGGCGCGCGCCGUCGCUCCGGCACGUCGAUGUCUCCGGGAACCAGCUGGGUGGGGCUCUCCGGGUGGUGGAGGCUAGCCCGCGGCUCGAGUCGCUCAACGUGUCCGGCAACCGGUUCACCGGCGUCGCUGGGGCGGAGGCGCUCGCCGGGCUCCGCGUCCUCGACGUGUCGGCGAACAGGAUCCGGGCGGUGCCGCAGGGGCUGAGGCGGCUGGCGCGGGUGAACCGGCUCGACCUGUCGCGGAACGCGAUGCAGGGGAGGUUCCCCGGCGACCUCCCGCCGCUCGCCGGGCUCCGUUUCUUGAACGUCUCGUACAACAACUUCUCCGGCGUGGUGGACGGCGGCGCCGUCAAGAAGUUCGGGCAUUCUGCUUUCGUCCACUCCGGAAACACUUCGCUGGUGUUCUCCGAGAACUCGACGGCGCGGCGGCCUCCACCGCCGCCUUCGCCGCCGCCAUCGCAUCCACAUAGAAGUGGCGGAAAGAAUGAUACCGCGACGCCGGCGAGGAGGACGCGGACGAGGAGCAGGAGGAAGCAUUUGAGCGUCGUCACGGUUGCGGUGGUGUGCGGGGUGGUGUCCGUGGCCAUGCUGCUCUGUCUCGUCGGGUGCGUGGCGUGCGGGGUGCUGCGUUGCCGCAAGAACAGGGGGAAGGAGGCGGAGGAGGAGAAGAGGAAGGCGCAUUGGGGCGGGAAGGACGAGGAGGAGGUGGUGGCCGUGGCGGCGGCGGCGGCGAAGGGGGGUUCUGCUGCGCCGGUGGUGCUGUUCGAGCGGCCGCUGAUGGAGCUCACGCUGGCCGACCUGGCCGAGGCCACGUCCGGGUUCGGGCGCGAGUCGCAGCUCGCGGAGCGCGGCGGCCGCAGCGGCGCCGCGUACCGCGCCGUGCUCCCGGGCGACAUGCACGUCGUCGUCCGCGUCGUGGACGGCGCCAUGGCCGUCGGCGAGGACGACGACCCCGCGACCGCGGCGACCGCGUUCCGCGACCUCGCACGUCUCCGGCACCCCAAUAUUCUCCCGCUCCUUGGCUACUGCAUUGCAGGGAAGGAGAAGCUCCUGCUGUACGAGUACAUGGAGAAAGGCGACCUCCACCGGUGGCUGCACGAGCUUCCAGCAGGGCGGCCCGACAUGGAGGACGACACCGGCGGUGACAUCUGGGAGGUGGCGGAGGACAAGCGGUCCAUCUCCGACUGGCCGACCCGGCACCGCAUCGCGCUAGGGAUCGCCCGAGGGCUCGCGUUCCUGCACCAAGGGUGGGCAGGGUCGGGUCGGCCGGUCGUGCACGGUCAUCUGGUCCCAACCAACAUCCUCCUCGGCGAAGACCUAGAGCCUCGGAUAUCCGACUUCGGCCACCCUAGCGACACGACGCCAGAGGGGGAUGUGUACAGCUUCGGCGUGCUGGUGCUCGAGCUCAUAACCGGCCAAGCCGGCUGGGACGAAGCGUCAGUUAGCUGGGCGCGGGGGAUCAUCCGCGACCAGAAGGGUCUAGACAUCGUGGACCCGAGAGUGCGGGACGAGGCGGGCGGCGGGCCGGAGACGUCGACGGUGGAGCGGGAGAUGGUGGAGUGCCUGCGGGUGGGGUACCUCUGCACCGCGCAGUCGCCGGAGAAGAGGCCGACGAUGCAGCAGGUGGUGGGGGUGCUCAAGGACAUCCGGGUGGCACCUGCCAGCAGCUCAUCCACUUGACGGUGGUGGAGCAGCGCCAUCGUGUGUGUCCGUCGCAAUUGGGACCCGCCGUCGCCUGAGAAGAGAUCCCAGUGUGGCAGCCUUUCCUGAUCUGGUAGACAAGCCUUGGUGGUCGGUAGUAGAAACACAUGUGCAUGUAACAAUUUUUUCUCGCCGGUAAAACAGUUGGUUUCAGAGCCCCUUGUCUCUCUUGUUUUUACUUUGGUGGAUUUAUUGCGUUGGGCAGGAACAUCAACAGUUUUGGUACUGUAUUUAAUUGCAAGCCGCCAUGAGGCAUACAGUAUAUAUACAUGGUUCCCUUCCCUCCAAUUAAUCACAAAAGUUUACACCAUUCAAUGGAGAA